UGAGUUUGUGUGCACUUUGAAUCCAGAGCGAAUUUGAGCACGUAGCCGGAGUUUUGCCGGACGAUAUACGCUAUCGAUUGGAUGUUUUCCACAGCACUAAAGCGAUGUCAAAGAGACAACACCGACGAUACUCAGUGUCUUUAUUCGAAAGGAAUCCACUCCACAUUUGGAGUGCCUCACAUCAACACAGGAUUAGGAUCAGCGUCUCUCUGUCUCCCAAUUCUCAAUUUAAGGAUGUAUGAAAACGCACCCGCCUUGGUGGCACCACAGAGGGUCUUGGGUGAUCGUAGGACAACUCAGGAGGAGAUGCUGGGCCAGACCAGGCAGGUGAUCCAGGGGAUGGAGGCCCUGAGACUAGAGCACCACUCUCUCCUGGAGGGCCUACUGGGGAGCCUGCACUGCCUGGAGGUGGAGGGGAGCCAGAACCACGAGGAGCCCAGCCCUGCCCAGGAGAAGGCCAGGGCCAUCCGCCGCUCGCUGGACACCCUAGAGCUUGGGCUGGGCGAAGCGCAGGUCUUGCUGGCACUGUCGGCCCACCUUAGCAUGGUGGAGGCGGAGAAGCAGAAGCUGCGUGCUCAGGUGAGGCAGCUGUGCCAGGAGAACCAGUGGCUGCGGGACGAGCUGGCCAGGGCACAGUGGAGGCUGCAGGAGAGCGAGCAGAGUGUGGCGCAGCUGGAGGAGGAGAGGAAGCACCUGGAGUUCAUGAGCUGCCUCCGGCGAUAUGAUGACGACGGCGAUGACCUUUCGUCCGCCGAAGAGAUGGAUUCCAGCAAGGAGACACUGGAUGACCUCUUACGCAAUGACGAAGAGGAGAACCAGGGCCAUGGCGUUCAGCAGCACAGUAGCAAUGUGGCGAUGGCUGCCACCAACCAGGGUGGCUACGAGAUUCCAGACCGCCUGCGUACGCUCCACAACCUGGUGAUCCAGUACGCCUCGCAGGGUCGCUACGAGGUGGCCGUGCCUCUCUGCAAACAGGCCCUGGAGGACCUGGAGAAGACCUCCGGACAUGAGCACCCAGAUGUGGCCACCAUGCUUAACAUUCUGGCCCUAGUCUACAGGGACCAGAAUAAGUGCAAAGAGGCAGCAAACCUUCUCAAUGACUCGCUAGCGGUACGGGAGAGGACCCUUGGCAGGGACCACCCGGCGGUAGCUGCUACACUCAACAACCUAGCUGUGCUUUAUGGGAAGAGUGGGAGGUACAAAGACGCCGAGCCACUGUGUAAACGAGCGCUGGAGAUUAGGGAGAAGAUACUGGGUAAGGAGCAUCCUGACGUGGCCAAGCAGCUGAACAACCUGGCCUUGCUGUGCCAGAACCAGGGGAAAUAUGGAGAGGUGGAGCAGCACUACCAACGGGCCCUGGACAUCUACCAGACCAGGCUUAGCCCCGACGACCCCAACAUGGCUAAAACCAAGAACAAGCUGGCCUCCUGUUACCUAAAGCAGGGGAAGUUUAAACAAGCAGAAGUGUUGUUCAAAGAGAUCCUAACCCAUGCCCACGAGAAGGCCAGUGGCUAUACAAAUGGGGAGGUCAAGUCCAUCUGGAUGCAGGCAGAGGAGAGGGAGGAACAGUGUGCUCCUCAGGGCAGACAGAGAGAAGGCCUGUCUAUAGGAGAUCAAGGUAGCUGGGACAGAACUCGCAAAGUGGACAGUGCCACCAUUACCAACACCCUGAGGAACUUGGGAGCCCUCUACAGGCGACAGGGCAAACUGAAGGCAGCAGAGACAGUGGAGGCGGCGGCCAUUCACACCCCUAAACAAAGCCAGAAGCGGUGUGUUCUAGCUGCAGAGGCCUCCAGCAACAGCACGGCCAUGGAUCACCAAUGCAGCAGUAGUGAGAGCCUGACCUCUGAGGUGAUCACAGUGAAGUACGACAGUGGCCUACAUGGGGGAGAGGAGGUCAGCCUCAGUCUGGAAUGGAAUGGGGAUGACCGUGGCUCCCUGAAGAGAAGCAGCUCCUUCAGUAAGCUGCGCGCCUCCAUUCGACGGAGCAGCGAGAAGCUCGUCCGCCGACUGAAGGGGGACAAAAACCCUGGCUAACCAGUCCCAUGUCUGACUAGGUUUCACAGUUCACACCCUUGCCACAACAGAGGGCGGGGCAGUGGGCAUGUAUGGGGCACCAAGGCCCAGGCCUCAAUUUAACAAUGCCUAACCCCAAACCCCCAGGCACUUGUAGAUCUGAAAGCAUUGGAUAGGUAUAAACAAUAUACAACCUAGUGGGGAAAAAAGCAGGGCCAUAUUACUAAAUGCAAUACUUUCUGAAAUACAGUGAUUAUGCGCCUGGGAUGUGGUUGUUUCAAAUAGAACCCCAUUGUCUUACAUCAGAUAGCAUAACUUUUGUUUGCACUGAUCGGUAGAGGGACUAACAGUCGAAGAAGUAGGAGUGGCGCCACCUGUUGAAAGACAAUGACUGAAUCCUAGCCCUUAGCUUCCAUUUGUUGGUACUCUUUUGAUUCCCUUUCAACAUGACUGGACUGAACAAAGCUGUAGAUGGAACGCUUGGCCAUUACCGUCCCAACCCUAAAGCAUUGUGAGAUUCUGAUACAGUACCAUCGCCUUAUUCUAUGCCAGCCAUAUUUGCACCACCUGGGUAUUGGUAAUGUAACGGUAGCUCAAGCUUGUUUCUCAAACUAAUGAGAUGCGCCCUUUGAUUAUCUGUCUAUGUGUAGCAAAUGGGAGAACUGUAAAACUCACUCCUUAACCUGAAGUGUCACUUUUUGUGCCAUUGGAAAAGUCCUUUUCAAUAGUGCGACAGGUUAGAACACUUCAGGAGGGAGGUCACGUGUGUUUGCGGGGCAGAGGUCCUGAGUUGGAAGUCUCGAUAUGAGUCGAUCAAGGGGAAGCGGUACUCGCUAAGCAAGCAGCGUGACGUCCUUUAUAUAUGUAGUAGACAUGACUUGGCUCAAGCUACUGACAUUCUCAACCCCUUCAUUUACGUUUCAUUUAAUGUCUUGUUUAUAUGUGAACAUUUCUCUGUAAAAACUGUAGAAAUGGUAGAAAUGUUUAAGAGCCAGGUUGUGCACAUUU